CCAUUUAUCAAUCAUCAAUUGUUCCACAUGUGCUUCUGUUGUUUCCCAUUCGAAACUACAAGAAACUACCCCUAUAACUUCUAGGGGUAGUUAAAUGGGUGGUAAUUUAGAGUUUGGAUGCAAGGAAGGGAGGAAGCUCAGACUGACUCUACGAUAAAAGAAUCCAUCAUGCAAUUUUCAAAUCCUCUGCAUUUUCCAAUCUAGAAGAUCAUGGAGAAAGAGAGCUAAAGUUCAAGAAGCAUGAGGAAGGGAACCAAGGGAAUCAGAGAAGAGAUUGAAAGACAAAAAACAACAGGUCAUUAAAGAGCAACCAGCGAUUAGAACUGAAGCCAUUGGGUGUGAGGUUAGAGUAGAGAUCAGAAGGAUGAGAAAACUAUUUUCUCCCCACCAUUUCUGAAGGAUGAGAUUGGUUCUUAUCCCUUGAACUGCAGGAUCAAAAGUUUACAACGUACUCCUGAACAGGAUGAAGCUAAGGGCACUUUGGAAGCUAAGGGUGGAGGGGAAGCAUAGGGGCAUGGGAAAACAGAAGUAGAAAGUGAUGGUUGUGUGAUGCGGAACCUGAUCCUAGGGAAAGUGACGGUGCAUGAAAGAGAACAAAGUUCCUAAUGAGUAGAUAUUGAUGAUAGAAGGGAAGAAAGUGGGGUAAAAGAUUUGAUAGUGAUGAAAAAGAAGGAUGUGGUCAGCAGUAGUCACAAGCAAGAGAUGAAAAGUAAUCAUAAGUGGAUCAGAAAGGUUUGAGAAGAACCAUUACCCAAAUAAUGAAGAUGAAGAGCUUGAUCAAGCUAAAACUCCAAGUUUCUAUACAAGAAAAAUGAAGUCUGCCAAAAGUGUGGAGGCAAAGAACCAGGUUGUUGCAAUCUUUGUUGUUAAGGGUGCAAUAGUGGCUGAGCUGAAACAACGGAAUGAUUUGCAUGGAGGAAGAGGUUCAAGAAGGAAGCAACAAUUGACUUACUUCCUUUAAAUUGCUGAAAAUAAACAUCACCUACACUCAUCAACAAAUUCACUACCAGAAGGAUGUGAAAGUUUAGCCAAAAUGGCAUAGCUCAAUUGUUCCAAGCAUAUAUUUCCUUGAAUUAAGAACUGUAGGUGGGAUCUCUAGCAAAAAAGUAUUGGCAUGGUUGUUCUUAAGAUAAUCAACUUUACUUUUAUGAAGUUUUUCUAAGAAUUCAAAUAU